GCCGAAGCCGAGCGGCGCGGCGAGCGGCGAGCGACCCGGUCGGCAGAGCCGGUAGGAACCCACCAGCGGACGGGCGAACCGAGGGAACCGAGCCUCGAGCACGGCCACGGCACGACGGCACGGCGAGAGAAGCAGCGAAGUAUACGGACGACGCGAGUGAAGCGCGAAGCGAAGCGCGCAGUGCGACAAGUGGUGCACGUGCGCCAAGUGACAGUGUCUUGCCGUGACGCGCCGUGACGGCCAGUGACGGCCAGUGACCCAGUGUGACGCAGUGACAGGAUGCGCGCCCGCGGCACCCAACGCGUUUGAACUCGAGCACCUCCGCGGUCUUUGUUUGUGGUUGUGAGUGGCAGUGCUUUCCGAUCGCCCCCGCCGCCAAGCAGGCCGAGCAGGCCGAGCAGUGACCGCCAUGGCCUUGCUGGGCGAGUGCUGCUCCGCCGCCCUGCAGCCGGCGGCGUCGUCCUCGCACUCGUCGCACCGCGCAGUGUACCUGCAGGUGCCCAAGAACAAGCUCAUCGACAUCGACUUCAGCGACGUCAAGUUCACCGUCAAGGAUGGCAGAAAAGGAACCAAGGACGUGCUGCGGGGGGUGUCGGGCCGGUACUUGUCGGGCGAGCUGACGGCCAUCAUGGGCCCGUCCGGGGCCGGCAAGUCGUCGCUUCUCAACGUGGUCACGGGCGUACAGGUGUCGGGGGUCACGGGCACGGUGGGCGGCGUGUCCAUCAGCGAGGCGGGCGGCGCCUCGGGCUUCCGCAAGGAGUCGUGCUACAUCACGCAGGACGACAUGCUGAACCCGCUGUUCACGGUGCACGAGAUCAUGACCAUGGCGGCCGACUUCAAGCUGGGCAGCUCGCUGUCCACCAAGGCCAAGCAGCUCGUGAUCGAGGACAUCCUGGAGACCCUGGGGCUGACGGGGACGCGCGAGACGCGCUGCUGCCGGCUGUCGGGCGGGCAGCGCAAGCGAGUGUCCAUCGCCCUGGAGCUGAUCGACAACCCGCCCGUCAUGUUCCUGGACGAGCCCACCACCGGCCUGGACAGCUCCGCGUCGGCGCAGGUCGUGUCCACCCUCAAGGCACUGGCGCGCGGCGGGCGCACCAUCGUGUGCACCAUCCACCAGCCCUCCGCCUCCGUGUUCGAGCUGUUCGACCACGUGCACGUCAUCGCCAAGGGCCGCACGGUGUACCAGGGCUCGGCGCUCAGCGUGGUGCCGUUCCUGCAGGAGGCCGAGCUGCCCUGCCCCAAGUACCACAACCCGGCCGACUUCCUGAUGGACGUGGCGAGCGGCGAGCUGGGCGACCACGGCACCAACUUGGAGCGCCUGGCCAACGCCAAGGAGUGGCGCGGCGAGCGGUCUAUCAUCAAAGACCCGACGCAAGACUUCACGGACAAGGGCACGCGCAAGGCGAUGGUGCUCAUCAGGAAGCCCACCGAGCUGGACCGCUUCUGGGUGCUGCUGCACAGAAGCAUGAUCCAGCUGUACAGAGAUUGGACCGUGACGCACCUCAAGCUCGCCCUGCACUUCGUGGUGGGCAUCAUCUUCGGGCUGUACUUCGCGGACGCGGGCUGGGACGGCUCCAAGACCAUCAGCAACUUCGGCUUCUUCAUGUGCACGUGCGUGUACCUCGGGUACACGUCCAUGAUGCCCGCCGUGCUGCGCUUCCCGCAGGAGAUGAACACGCUCAAGAAGGAGCAAUACAACAACUGGUACAAGCUGCGCACCUAUUACAUCGCCUUCAUCGUGGCCAACAUUCCCGUCCAGAUGGUGUUCUGCACCGUCUUCACCUCCAUGGCGUACUUCAUCUCGUCCCAGGUGGCGGACUGGACGCGCUUCGUCAUGUUCCUCUCCAUGUGCCAGCUGCUCAGCAUCAUGUCCGAGAGCAUCGGCCUGUUCCUGGGCACCACCUGCAACCCCGUGAACGGCACGUUCCUGGGCGCCAUCUUCAUCGCCGUGUGCAUGCUGUUCGCCGGCUUCCUCGUCUUCCUGGCGCACAUGCCGACGUACCUGUCGUGGGCGGCCGACCUCAACUACAUGCGCUACGCCCUGGAGGGCCUGUCGCUGUCCGUGUACGGCUACGGCCGCGAGACCCUGGAGUGCCCGCGCACCGAGAUCUACUGCCACUUCCGCGUGCCCGCCACGCUGCUGUCCGAGGUGGGCAUGGAGGACGGCCGCUACUGGAUCGACGUCUCCGCCCUGGCCGCCAUGAUCGUACUGCUGCGGCUGGUGAGCUUCGUCACGCUCAAGCGCAAGGUGAGCUGCAACACGCGGUGAGCUGCAACACUGCGCCACCGCGCCACCGCGCCACCGCGCCUGUGACAAGCUCCGAGAUCUCAGUGAUAUUAGACGCCAGAACGCCAAGCGGCAAACUGUUUUAAUUUUGGCUCUCGGCGUCGGCCCUGGAGCCUGGUGCCAGUAGGGAGCAUUACUUAAUGGCCUGUGUUCAAAUGUUUGUGCCGCCUCCCUGCUGUUUUGUCAGCAGUUCGGAAGUCGAAUGUUGUGUAUAGAAUUUUUUCAAGUGAAAUGUUUAUAAUAAUUCUUAAAAAAAUAUUUUUUUAAGUUCAUGUCAUUGUGAAUGUUAUUAUUUGUCAUUUCUAUAUAUGCUUUUGUGAUUGUGUGCACCUCUAAGGCAAUCGGGUGUGCAUUAAGGUUUAAUAUUAACCAAGUGGCUUCGGCCACAUUUUCUCUCUGUGAUAAAUCGAACAUAUGUUUAAAAAAUUCGCUGUGCUCUUCCUUGCACAUCUCUGGAUCCGAUGGCUUGAAGUGCGAUAGGUAUUAUCUGCAUGUCUUUGGGCAGGGAACCAUUAUUCAUUUAACUGUAAUUUAAUUUAAGUUAUCACUGUUUUGUAAUGUAGUGUGUGUACCUAAUGAGUAAGUUAGCAUACACGAUUUGGUGACAUCAUUUGUGAUUCCCUGGAAUUCUCUCCUUUUUUUUUCAUAUGUGCUCGUGUGCUCUCUGAAUACCUCUGAAUUACCUGCAACAAUUACUAUACGCUUCUCCAUGGCUGUGCUACAUAUAUUGUGGCUGUGGUUCUUGCCAUCCAUUUUAGGUCAAAUAGUUAGGAGGAACCCAUGAUUGUAGUGGGUAGUCUUUUUAAAAAAAAGGAAGUUGUUCUUUUGGUAAAUAAUUGUCGCAAGAUAUGUUGUGAUUUGGUCUCGGUGUGACGGUGGGACUGUACCUCUGUUUGGUAUCUAGCCGGCUCAGUCAUGAUCGCGAGCUGCCCACAGCGGAGCAUUUGUGAUACUGCGGGUUGUGUAACUGGUGCUGCUCAAAUUUUAGAGCAAAAGCUAAAUAAGCAUUUAAUUACUCUUGAUGUGUAAUGUAAUUGCAGAGUUGGUAGGAACUUUUCUAGUCAAGAAAAGGGGAGAGUGUAGAAAUUAGCAAGAAAGUCUUUGUUUGCUUUGUUUACAAAUUUACUGUUUUGAAUUUGUAUACUCAUGGAGAACAAAAUUAUACUCAUACUGAUGGUGAGCAAUUUGCAGAAUGUAUGAAGGCGCAACCAGCAUGAAGCAAUAUGUGACAUAAAUAUCUGACAAAAGUUCCUACAAAAUUAAAAUAGGAAAUGUGGGAAGAUUUUACUCUAUGGAUGAUUUCACCUAUGCCUUCUUUCAUUUACCUGUUGAUACUGUAUUUUCUCCCAUUUCUUUUGUAGCCCUAUCUUAUGAAGCUGAUGCUUAGUUUCAUGCAUUAAAUAAAAGUAAAACCUAGAUAAUUUGUUUUGAAAAUGGGCCUUUUAAGUACAAAAGAAUUGAGCAGGGUCAAUAUGUGAUGUAGAUUCUCUCAUUAAUCUAUACUUUACUAUUACCAGAGGGAUCAUGAACUUGUAAAAUCUGAACUGAAAUAAUAAUUGUACUGCAUACUUG